GUUCUGAGCCGCGUCCGGACCGCGCCGCGCCGGGGCCAUGGGGCUGCCCACCCUGGAGUUCAGCGACUCCUACCUGGACAGCCCCGACUUCAGGGAGCGCCUGCAGUGCCACGAGGUCGAGCUGGAGCGCACCAACAAGUUCAUCAAGGAGCUCAUCAAGGACGGCUCGCUGCUCAUCGGCGCGCUCCGCAAUCUGUCUGUGGCAGUCCAGAAAUUCUCCCAGUCUCUGCAAGAUUUCCAGUUUGAAUGUAUCGGUGAUGCCGAAACAGAUGACGAAAUCAGUAUUGCUCAGUCAUUGAAGGAAUUUGCACGACUCCUCAUUGCAGUGGAAGAAGAAAGGAGAAGGCUGAUUCAAAACGCUAAUGAUGUGUUAAUUGCACCACUGGAGAAAUUUCGGAAAGAGCAGAUAGGAGCCGCAAAAGAUGGGAAGAAGAAAUUUGACAAGGAGAGUGAAAAAUACUACUCCAUUCUCGACAAGCAUUUAAAUUUGUCCGCAAAGAAAAAGGAGUCGCAUUUGCAAGAGGCAGAUACGCAGAUUGACCGAGAACAUCAGAACUUCUAUGAAGCAUCCCUCGAAUAUGUCUUCAAAAUUCAAGAGGUUCAAGAGAAAAAGAAGUUUGAGUUCGUGGAGCCGCUGCUGUCAUUCCUGCAGGGACUCUUUACUUUCUACCACGAAGGCUAUGAGCUCGCCCAGGAGUUCGCACCCUACAAGCAGCAGCUGCAGUUCAACCUGCAAAACACGAGGAAUAAUUUUGAAAGCACGCGGCAGGAGGUGGAGCGGCUCAUGCAGCGCAUGAAGGCGGCCAACCCUGACUACCGGCCGCCCAGCCAGUGGACCAUGGAGGGCUACCUGUACGUCCAGGAGCGACGGCCGCUCGGCUUCACGUGGAUCAAGCACUACUGCACGUAUGACAAAGGAAGUAAAACCUUCACCAUGAGUGUUUCAGAAAUGAAAUCAAGCGGGAAAAUGAACGGCCUGGUCACGAGCUCCCCAGAAAUGUUUAAGUUGAAAUCCUGCAUCCGCCGAAAGACAGACUCGAUUGACAAACGGUUCUGCUUCGACAUAGAAGUCGUCGAAAGGCACGGCAUCAUCACGCUGCAGGCCUUCUCGGAAGCCAACCGCAAGCUCUGGCUGGAAGCCAUGGACGGGAAGGAGCCGAUUUACACCCUCCCUGCCAUUAUCAGCAAGAAAGAAGAAAUGUACCUGAACGAGGCCGGCUUCAACUUCGUGAGGAAAUGCAUCCACGCGGUGGAGACGAGAGGCAUCACCAUCUUAGGCCUGUACCGCAUCGGGGGUGUGAACUCCAAGGUCCAGAAGCUCAUGAACACCACGUUUUCUCCCAAAUCCCCUCCCGACAUCGACAUCGACAUCGAGCUGUGGGACAACAAGACCAUAACGAGCGGCCUGAAAAACUACCUCCGGUGCCUGGCGGAACCGCUGAUGACGUACAAGUUACACAAAGAUUUCAUCAUCGCCGUCAAGUCCGACGACCAGAACUACCGGGUGGAGGCCGUGCACGCGCUGGUGCACAAGCUGCCGGAGAGGAACCGGGAGAUGCUGGACAUCCUGAUGAAGCACCUGGUCAAGGUGUCGCUGCACAGCCAGCAGAACCUCAUGACCGUCUCCAACCUCGGUGUCAUCUUCGGCCCCACCCUCAUGCGCGCCCAGGAGGAGACGGUGGCCGCCAUGAUGAAUAUCAAGUUUCAGAACAUCGUGGUGGAGAUUCUCAUAGAACACUACGAAAAGAUCUUCCACACGGCGCCGGACCCCAGCAUCCCCCUGCCGCAGCCGCAGCCGCGCUCCGGGUCCCGCAGGACGCGCGCCAUCUGCCUCUCCACCGGCUCCAGGAAGCCCCGCGGGCGCUACACCCCGUGCCUGGCGGAGCCCGACAGUGACUCCUACAGCAGCAGCCCCGACAGCACGCCCAUGGGGAGCGUCGAGUCGCUCUCGUCACACUCCUCCGAGCAGAACAGCACCACGAAGCCGGCCCCCGGCCAGCCCCGGGAGAAGUCCAGCGGGAUCCCGUGGAUCGCGGCCCCGUCGUCUGCCAACGGACAGAAAAGCCUGGGUCUCUGGACAACGAGUCCCGAGUCGAGUUCUAGAGAAGAUGCGACCAAGACGGACGUGGAAUCCGACGGCCAGAGCGUGGCCUCGGUCACCGGCCCGGGCGACGCCUCCCCGCCGGCAGACCUGGUCAAGAAGGGGCCUUACGGGCUGUCUGGCCUGAAGAGGAGCUCCGCCUCCUCCCUGCGCUCCAUCCCCGCCGCGGAAGGAAACAAGAGCUACAGUGGAUCCAUUCAAAGCUUAACGUCGAUCGGCUCCAAAGAGACGCCCAAAGCCCCACCCAACCCAGACCUGCCUCCAAAGGUGGGCAGGCGGCCGAGGACGGACGCCGCCUCCAGUAACGGCUACCAGCGGCCUGGCUCUGUGGUGGCGGCAAAAGCACAACUGUUUGAAAGCGUCGGUUCACUCAAGCCAGCUGCUUCUGGGCGCCAAGCCAAGGCCAUGUACUCCUGCAAAGCGGAGCACAGCCACGAGCUCUCCUUCCCGCAGGGGGCCGUGUUUUCUAACGUGUACCCAUCGGUGGAGCCAGGAUGGCUGAAGGCAACCUAUGAAGGCAAAACAGGACUAGUCCCAGAAAACUACGUCGUCUUCCUCUAACGCCACUCAGCGGACGGCAGUAUCUUCAUGGUAUCCAUGGUGACAUAAUAAGUGCUACGGCUUUAUCUGACACAGACAGGGGAUCAGCCCACUAAAUGGAAACAGUGCAUUCCCAUCGAGGUCUAUACCAGCAGCCUGUGUAGCUCCCAAUCCUGGAGAAUUGAAAAGCACAAAAUUCUAAGUUGUUCGCCAUUUUGACUGUGCUGGGUUCUUAUUUAAAAAUCCCGCGCGUCUGUGCUGUGACAGUCUCCCCUCUCAGGCCCGAAGGCGCUACCCCAGCUCUGCCCGUCACUGUCUGACGCCCUGAGGAACCUUGAAGUCAUUCCUUGAUGUAAUUUAAAUUGUGCAUUUUUUUUCUUGAAAAUAUUCUGCUUUUAUACGUGAUUGUUUUGCUGGUCCUAAGCAUUUCAAGAUUUCUCUUCAACUUUAUCUGUAUUUGGUUACUGAGGAGAUAAUGUUCAGAAGAGUAACGCGUGAGGUGGCUGUGAAGGGCCCCGGCAGAGGCGCACCGACCCUCCCGUCACGGCCGCCGGCCCCAGGUGCCGCCCCUGCCCCGCCAGCCCCGCGGGUCUGCGCCUCUGCUGGGCCCCGCUGCAGGGCGGCUGGGGAACGGGCAGGCCGGACGCGCUGCAUCACUCACGCUGCUCCAACUUCUCGAAGCCUGUUUAAAACUGUACGUGUUCUCAGCGGGGAGCGCUGGGGCCCACGGUCCUGUUCGCCGCAGCGGCAAGGCGCGGACACUGUCACGGGGCUGUAGGGACGGACAGGGCGCGCGGCCCCCGGCUCCUGCAGGACAGGCGGGACCCAUGGCGGGUGCGGCCCCGCCGCCUCACGCCCUCCGGCGCUGGCUUCUGAGGAAUCCUACAAGGGGUGAGCGUGUUUCCCGGCACGAGUCCGGCGGCACGGCCUUCUCACGUCGGCGCCGAGCUGAAACAGAAUCUACACAGAAGGCCGGGCUGGGCUCCGGGGAAGCAUCGGAUCCGCUGAUUUCCUGUCCUGCCAUUCGAUUUCCAGCCUUGCCCGGGAAUCCCAGGGACCUGAGAAGGUGCAGAAAUAGGUCCUCGCGUCUCUACCAUCGACCUCUGUCGCGCCUCCACCGCUGCUCCUGUUCCAGGAGUCCUGCCCGCGCCUCUGCGGGAGACGAAAGCCUUGGUACAAGCGCCGAGAGGCCGGUCGCCGGCCCCCACGCUCCAGGGCCUGAGACGCCAGCGGCAGGCCCGUGCUCAGUCUCUCCCCCGCCCCCCGCACCCCCCCAAGUUCCCGUUUCCAGAGCAACACACCCCUAGGCCUUGGAAACACGCUGUCACAGUUACCGCAGGGGGCCGCGCUUCCCAGGGAAGAGCACGGCGCGGGCGGGCGGCAGGGCCGGGGCUGGGGGCACCAGCGCUUCUCGCCCCCCAGAGCCCAGGGUGACAGCAAGAGCGGCGCUGCCUCCUCAGGACCCUCUGCUGGAACAGAAGGUCGUCUCCCCGUGUACCAGCCCCUGCCUACACCGCACCCACCUCUCUGGCAUCCUAACCUCUUAAGGCAAAUUAAAUUUUCUUUCAAAGGCCAUCUUGACUCCAGACAAGAUUCAGACUCCUACUUCACCUGCUGCUGCACAAAGAAAUCUCAACCUCGUUGUUUUUUUUUUUAAGCACAGAGUGUUCCCGCCGCCGGGUGUCUGUGAGCUGCGAGCCGGUCCCCGCGCCCCAGGAGGAACGGCGGCCCUCGCGUGGGACACGGCGCAGGCCCGCCCCCGUCCUCCUGGCCCGAUGCCCGGCGGCCCUGCGGGGUCCCUUUCUCGAAACACGCUGUAAAAGACCUUGUCCUUGGUGCGCCUGAGGUUCAAAGCUUGCAGGGACGGGGCGAGGAAGCUCUCUUCACGCCGUGGCAGCGGCGCGUGGAGGAGCCGCAGCCUCCCUGGCCCGAGAAGCCGCCUGCCGAGCACGAGCGCCAGCUGCUCUCCUGUGUGCGCCCCGAGGCCACUGAAACCAGCCCCUGCAGCCUGUUUCCUAGAAAUGGCUCAACAAUGAAAGGGCUCGCCUUGAGGCCUCUGGCAGGAUGCGUGCGGCUGGCUGCCCUGUUCAGGGUCCUGUGGGAGUCUCCGGGCUUCUCAGCCCGGCUCUCCCAGGGAGAGUGGGGGAAACUGCACCUCACAACCCCCAGCUAGCCAGGCUCCCCAGUAAGAGAAGUAAAAACGCACCAGAUGACGUAUCUGGCAGGCUUCCAGGACGCCGCUGUACGGGUGGCAGAGCCGGCACCGCAGUGCUGUGGCAAGAACCCCCUGCAGACCCCUCGCUCCAGCCUCUCUACAGGCCCGUGCCCGAGUGAAAGGGCAUCCCUGGCACGGUCAGAGACACCUGCACAGCCUCGAUCUCCACCCCGGGUCGUGCACACAGGAUGACUUAAUCAGUGCUCAGACCCGCGGCCUGACGUUCCUGACCGUGUUAGCAGCAGACCACAGGCUUUGCUCCUUGGCUUUACCACACAGCGUGAUCCGCAGCUGUUGCUCUGACCGCUGCGCCCUAACAUCACUGGCGAGCACGCCCAGCCCUCUCCCUGCGACGAGAAAAGCAGCCCAUUUAGCUUUACCUCCUACCUUUCUGGGGUCCCUCCCAAAGUCCACACACCUCUGCGGAGCGAACAGUCUCAAAGACCCACUGUCAGGUCACCAGCGACUAGUCUCACCCUGAGCACAUUAUCCACCCCCCGGAUCUCCCGCCUCAUGUACAGACCCCACUCGCAGUAACUCGGGGCCUCAGGCUUACGAGCGGCACGAACUCCCAGAGCAUCAGAUCAACGCGCGGGACUUCUCGGGUCCUGUGCGAGCAGCUGCGUCACUCUGAAAUGCCCUCACGUGCACGUGCUGCACACUCACGCCCAUGGCAGGAAGCCGGCGCACUCGCUCUGGACAGUGGCUGGAGGCGGUUGCAGAGUUAGGGGCCCAGCAGUUAUCCCUUCUCCCCAUUACUCAUGAGACGACCCCAGCUCACGGCUGCACAUUUCUGGCACUCCUGGGCGAAUGGCGGCUCUGCGCCCCGACAGGGAAGGGGCACACGCAGACAGGGCGGGCAGAGGAGGGCCCCGGGCCUGCGCCCUCCCAGCUCACGAGAGGGUCUGUGGCUCCUAGUGCCUCACCACCCCUGCCUCACGGACGGCACUGCCCACGCGUGACUGAUUCUUGAAUUCCAAGGUAGCACCACAUUCUGAGCUCUGAGCAGAACUUUUACUAAUAAAUAGGGAGUUUGGCAGGGAAGACUUGACUGCUUUUUGUUUCUUUAAUUCAGAAUUCUAUUUAUAUACUGCUAAGAUUUGUAAGGUACUAUAGUUUAUAUAAAAGUUGAAUAUUUAGAUGUUAUAUUUCAGUACCAGGAGUUUCUUUGCAGCCAUUAACAUGACAAAGUAAUAAAUAUGAAAAUGAUCGUCAGUAAAUUAUAUUGAAUUCUCUGUCUAUUUGGUAGUGUUUCUGUAUUUAUCUGCACUUUGUGUAUAUAUACACAGGCGUACCCCAGCAUGUAAAUAACCUCAUGUUACUUCUAAUUCAAUUUGCCACAAUAUCGUUAAUGUAUGUUUACACUGUACUUUAAAUUACUUUUAAAAAUAAACUACUUAA